UAUAAAGGACCUUCAAACCUUCAAACCUUUAACCUAGAGCCUCACAGCAAUAUAACAACCUAGUUAUAAUAAGCUUCUGUACCUUGUCAUCAGUCUCGCGGCUAGCUAGAACUAUGAUUUCAAAAACAAAGAUGCUAAUGCUUAGCUCGUGCAGGAAAACCAGGCCAGCACUCCAGUGCCAUUUUAGCAGUCCUCCAUCUGUGUAUCAGCCGAAAAAAUCAAGGAACUCGAUCAAAGAAAGCAAGAUGGAGGAUUGGGCACCUCAUCCUCGCACAGGGAUUUAUGUCCCAAAAGGCCAUGAGUGGGUGAUGGACGAUGUACCAGAGAAAGCAGCUUCAUUAAAUCAGACUUAUUGGCUAAGGAAUGUUGAUGGUGUUGAGAAACCAGACCCUGACACACCCCAUGAUCCUUGCUUGUUUACCAAUCUUUAUUAAUUGAGUUGGUUAACAAGGCUUCGUUCCAGUUUCCUGAUAACCACGAUCGAGAUGAAAACUUAGGAAAUAAAUGAUUAAAGUUGUCGUGGCCCUG